GAAGGGAAGUCUGGCAAGGAAAGGAAUCAAACCAAGCAGCAUUUUUCAAAACUAUGAGCAAGAACGCUAUUUGCUUGGCUUUGAGCAACUUUAAACAUAAAAGUUAACUUAAAAAUACAACUAUACUUAGGUGUCAACAACUGUUGCAUAACUUCGAAUUGUGAUGUACAACUCAAAUGUUUGCUAAUACGUGACAAAAGACUCUUCCCUUCUGUAGAGUGUGACCAGUGUAGACAAACCAUUUCCCAUUUCCUGCUUUCACUGCAUUCAUGAGCUGUAAGCACAGGCUGACAGCCAACUUCACCACGGACAGGUCAGUGAUAACAACACAGAUGAACUCGUGUAUGUACUUAGCACCUCCAAUUUCAGUUGUCUGCAGGCAGCUACAUUUGGAAUAAGUCUUCUUUUAAUGCCAGGCUUCUGACCUUUUCUGGAAUUGGCUUGAAAGGCGAGAGACCUUGUUUUCUUUCAUCCAUGGAGUUCCCAUUUUUUCAUGGAAAGAUAACAAGAAGAGCCUGUGAAGAACUGCUGAGCAAGAACAAAAGGAAUGGUAGCUAUUUAAUACGAGAGAGUGAAAGCGUGGAAGGAGCCUUGUGUCUCUGUGUUUUCUUUGACGAACUCAUCUACACUUACCGUAUCUUCAGGGAACGCCAAGGAUAUUUUAAAAUACAGACUUCUGAAGGCGUUCCAGAGAGGACCUUCAGAACAUUAAAGGACCUAAUAUACACUUAUGAAAAGCCAAAUCAAGGACUAAUAACAAACCUCCGCUACCCAGUGAAGAAACAAGAGAACUCGCGAAGAACCCAGAGGUUCAUGUCAGGAAAGGAUGACAUUUAUAAUGAUAUUGAUGACAGUGAUUACGUCGCUGUCUUACCCUGAAUGAUCUGCAACCUGACGAUUUGGGAAGCUGCUGUUUCAGGUUAUGCGCAGCACAAUGGAUCAGCUGGGGAGAGCUGCCAAGCUGGGCAUUCAUCACUGUGGAUCUGUACCUCUGGAAUUAGUCUCCUCCUUUAGCAGACUGUCAGAGCAGCUGUGUUUUCUCCCAGUAGAUCCAGUACAUGUUGCUAUAUAUUUUUGUUCAGAAAAAAAAAUUAAUUUUAUAAGAUAUGUGGCUACACAUACAUAUAUAUAGGAGGGGGGUGGGUAUCUGUGUGCAUGUAUGUGUAUUUUAGUUUUUCAGUCAGCAAACUGUCCAAGAUGUCUACUGAUAAAAUAAAUAAUCUGUUAGAAAACAGCAACAUAAACACAAUGAAUGCGUGUGCAUAAAGCAGUAGUUUAUGGCUGAACUGAUAUAUGUUGAUAAAAAUGAUACAUGAUUGUCCUGGGUUCAGCUGGGAUAGAGUUAAUUUUCUUCAUAGUAUAGAAUCUUAGAAUGAUUUGUGUGGGAAGGGACCUUUAGAGGUCAUCUACUCCAACCCCCCUGCACUGAGCAGGGACAUCUCUAACUAGAUCAGGUUGCUCAGAGCCGCAUCCAACCUGACCUUGAAUGUUUCUAGGGAUUGGGCCUCCACAACCUCUCUGGGCAACCUGUAGUAGUAGUAGUAGUAGUAGUAGUAGUAGUAGCUGCAGCUACUGUUUGGGCUACUACACGGAGCUGUGUUUUGGAUUUGUGCUGAAAACAGUGUUAAUAAUGUGGAGAUGUUUUAGUUUUUGCUAAGUGGUGCUUACACUAGUCAAGGACUUUUUCAACUUCUCUUGCUCUGCUGGGUGCACAAGGAGUUGGGAGGGGACACAGCCGGACAGUUGAUCCCCAACUGACCAAAGGGAAGACAUUUAUAUUGGUAGUGUGUUUGUUUAAGAUCUUUCACAAACUUUUUCUAUAUUUUUAUGGGUAAUACUAGUUAGAUUUCUUUCUUUUUAUGUUUCUUUCACAGCAGUAUUUGUUAAAGGACUUUUAGAUUUUUCAGUGUUUUGGACUUCAUUAUGAAUUUAACAGUGCUAACAGUUUUCAUGCCAUGCUCAAAUGGUACUUGUAGCAUGAACGAGAUAAAUAAGAAUAUUAUGUGUCCAAAAAUCAUGAACUGAAAAGAAAGUAGUUGUCCAUGAAGAAUUGUACUACUGGAGAGAAAAAAAGCAAACCUUGCUCUGUAGAAGCACAUACACUGAUGCGUCUCUUUAUUUGCAGAAUUCAGCAGCCUGCCUGAGACUUUGUUAUCAAGUCUAUCAGACUGAGCAGCUGCUGCGCUGCGACAUCCCAACCCCAGCAGCCUGGUCUUUAAGAGUAUGGAACACUUCAGGUUUUCUGAAAUGAGUCUCAGCAGCCCCCAUGUGCUAAGGCAGUCACACUGAUGUUCAACCCUAGGAAAAGGCCAAGUGACGUGGGACCCAGGCCACGCCUCAUGACCCCAACCUCGUGAUUCCUGAUGACUAAACAGACUAUUACUCACAGCUGACUGGGACAAGGGGCUGGGCUGUGGUGCUUUUUAGCCGGCAGUUGCUCUGGUUAACGUGCUGCACUGCAGGCAGCCGUGCUUUGGACUUGGAUUUACAAUGCUGCAGUGGUUGCGGCUCCAGACACUUCAUCCAGACCCAAGGGCGGCAUCCAAGCCCACAGUCCCAUGACUUCUUAGGCACUGCCUCUGAGGCAGUCAGCUGAAGCACAGAGAAGGAUCAAGGAUUUAAAGGAGGAAGCAAGGACCCAGAAUGAAAAGAAACUAAUUUAAAAUAUUCAGCUGUGCUUUACAGGAAUAUGUUUGUUCUACACUGUUGUUGUAUUUAUUGUAUAGUGUAAGAAAAUGAGGUCAAUAUACACAUUCCUAUGCUUCUUUGCAGGCCGUAUACAUUAGAAAACUAUCUGUGCACGAGUUUCAAAA